UGUAAGUAUUGAAUUCGUUUGGUCGAAUUUAAUCUAAAUGACUCAUUUGAAAAUUACUUCUUUCUAAUAAAACUUCGUUUCCAAUUAUUUUAUAUUCGCUAACAUUGGAUUUUUUAAGUAUUAAAAAUGUUUUCUAGUGGACCAAACUAUACAAAAUUGAAAACAAAUCUCCGUCUAGCUUUGAACCGUCUUAAAUUGCUAGAGAAGAAAAAGGCAGAACUAGCACAAAAGGCUCGUAAGGAAAUUGCCGACUAUUUGGCUACAGGGAAAACAGAACGAGCACGAAUUCGUGUAGAGCAUAUAAUUCGUGAGGAUUAUCUUGUGGAAGCUAUGGAAAUUAUAGAAAUGUAUUGUGAUUUGGUGCUUGCGCGAUUCGGUUUGAUUACACAAAUGAAAGAAUUAGAUGAUGGAAUAGCUGAAGCUGUAUCUAGUUUGGUUUGGGUAUGCCCUCGAUUACAAAGUGAUGUAGCGGAGCUCAAGGUAAUUUCGGACAUUUUCAUUACGAAAUAUGGUCCCCAAUUUGCGGAGCAUUCACGCACUGCGACUGGAGAACAUCAUGUGUCCGGAAAACUAAUGAAUAAACUUCAACUCCAAGCACCUCCGAAAUUGCUUGUUGAAAAAUAUUUAAUUGAAAUCGCAAAAAAUUAUAACAUUGAGUAUGAGCCAGAUCCACAAGUUAUGCAAGAAGAAAACACAAAUGCUGAGGCACAAGCUCAUUUGAUUGAUUUAUCUGAUAGAAACAACCUUGGAGGUGGUGGUGCAGUAGGGCCACCCCCACAAAUGGGGUUCAUCGGAUAUCCAUCACUUCCACCUUUGCCUGACCCACCAGCUGCGAAACCAUUUAAUUACCCACCACCAUAUGGUCAAGGGUCUCAAACUGGUGGUGUUAGUGGUGUUUCAACCAACGGACCAUACCAACAACAACCAUUUUCUUACAAUAUACCACCCACACAAUCUGGUUAUGAACAAAAGGAUUUAAAUACAUCAUUCAUAAAUAAUGAAUUAACCAAUGAUCUUUCAUCAAAAGUAGCAGAAGGAGGAACUUAUAGUAUUUGCAACGAAAACAGUCCUGAUGAAAAUAUUUUGCGUCCUAAACCAUAUGAUGAUCCCCCACCGCGAUAUACAUCAAUUAAUCCUUUUAAUAUGCAGGACGGAAAUAAACCAAAACCGCAGCCACGACAAAAAUUGCCGCAACCAGGUGCAAGUGCACCACCAGCUUCGUCAGACAUACCAAAUUUGCCGAAUGUUCCUCAGGAAAUGCCUGAUAUGACGAGAGAUGAAGAAAAACCUAGAAACACCGAUAAUGAUGAUAUAGACUUUGACGAUUUAUCACGUCGUUUUGAAAAUUUGAAAAAACGCAAAUAAGUGCAGUCUUCUAUAUGCCUAUUAUAUAUAUUAUAGUUUUGUAUAAGUAAUUUU